CCGGAAGUGCGCUUGCGGUGUGCGACGCACAACUGGCGGCGCCGGUGGGUAAAGCUGGUCGGUGGCGCGGGUGCAGUCGGGGACAGGUGUACCUUUCGCGAGGACCUCCAUAGCUGUAAGCUGCAGCAGUUGCCAUGACAGCCCAGGGGGGCCUGGUAGCCAACCGAGGGCGACGGUUCAAGUGGGCCAUUGAGCUGAGCGGGCCAGGAGGAGGCAGCAGGGGCCGAAGUGACCGGGGCAGUGGCCAGGGAGAUUCACUGUACCCAGUCGGUUAUUUGGACAAACAAGUGCCUGACACCAGCGUGCAAGAGACAGACCGGAUCCUGGUGGAGAAGCGCUGCUGGGAUAUCGCCUUGGGUCCUCUCAAACAGAUUCCCAUGAACCUCUUCAUCAUGUACAUGGCAGGCAAUACUAUCUCCAUCUUCCCUACUAUGAUGGUGUGUAUGAUGGCCUGGCGACCCAUUCAGGCACUUAUGGCCAUUUCAGCGACUUUCAAGAUGCUUGAAAGUUCAAGCCAGAAGUUUCUUCAGGGUUUGGUCUAUCUCAUUGGAAACCUAAUGGGUUUGGCAUUGGCUGUUUACAAGUGCCAGUCCAUGGGACUCUUGCCUACACAUGCAUCAGACUGGUUAGCCUUCAUCGAGCCCCCUGAGAGGAUGGAGCUCAGUGGUGGAGGACUGCUUCUGUGAACUGGAGGAAGAAGCACCCAGGGAGGGCCUAAGCAUUUGGAUUUCAUUUACUUCCUCCUUAAGCCCAGUGGCUCCUAAGUAAUACUCUUAAAAUAAGCAUUUACUCUGAGAAGAACCAGAAAGCUCUCCUUUAUCCAUGGUAAGGAGCUAGGGCCUAGAAGGACAACGUGCAUUUUAUUACAAACUGAAGAAGUUAUACCACAACCCCUGACUGAAAAUAAUGUAGAAAACUUUAUUUAUGUUUCCAGUACAGAGCAGAACAACAAAUAAAACCAGAACUGCAUGUAAA